AUGAAUCCUAUGGAAAACGAAGGCCAAGUCCAAGGAGGUGCUCCCAAUGUUUUAGGUGUUCUUAAUCCUACGAGAAUGAAUGGAACGUUGUGGUUCAAACAUGAUUCCGUAAUCACCAGUGAGAUAAGAACAAUAAUUCGAUCUGACUUUAAUGGUCCGUACCGGAAUUAUUCAACUACACCGAUCACUGUGAAAGAACGAUGGUUUAACACUUUUCGGAAAGAAAAAACUGAAGCUGCAUCAUACAUAGAUGUUCUUCGAGAGACUCACAAAAAACCAGAUGGGUCUUUUGUUGAUGAGAGGGCGAAGCAGAUUAGCGAGGGAUAUGAGCAAAAGAUAGCUGAUCUUGAAAAUGAAAUCGUAGCAAUGGAAGAGAUUGUGGAGGCAACAAAUGGUCGUGUGUUUGGUCUAGGAGCUCUUUUCAGUGAACUCUCCAUUAAGGGUGGAGUGUCAGCUAUCUUUGAAAAUAAUGUGGAAAAUGAGGAGGCUCUUAAACAAAAACUGGAGGAGAUUUAUGAAGAGAAUGAGCAAAUCAAAGAGAGGAUCAACAAGCUCGAAGGGUUGGAGAAAAUGAUCCACAUAUUGAUCCCUCAUCUAUCCACAGCUCGUGCUAACAACUAA